ACUCGGGAAAGAAAAGGGCUAGUUUCAUCUCGAAUUGAAGGAGGCCUUGGGCAGGAAUUGCGCUGUGAGUGACAAUCUUUCAGGAAGACAGAAAUCCAGAGAACAAACCCGGGUUCUCUGGAACAGCGAAGCUCACCAUUGAAUCAAGAGCACCGAGAUUUAAAAUCAAAGGACUCCAGUCCUGGGACACUCACGUAUCCUGCUUGCCAUCGAGGGCGUACGGAGCUGUGUUUGUGGGCUCCAGGUCACUGGCAUCGCCACGCUAGGUGUGCGCCCCGCUCUCCCAUUGGUAUGCAGCGACCAUUUCCUUGCAAGUCUCAGAGGUGGAAAUAUUUUAAAGGAUUUCGAUUGUGACUUGGUAGCCUUUCUGAAAGUUGGUGGCCGGAAGAGGAGAAAAUACAAGGCUACAGUAUGAAGGAUACAAUUGAACCUCCCAGAGAGUUUGCCCCUCCCGCUGGGAAGCCCCUCGGAGCAAACCUCGGAGAUCCUGAGCGCUCUGCACCUAUAGUUUUGUAAUCAACUACGAAUGAUGAAACAUUCCAUAGCUGAGAUGCUUCACAGAGGGAGGAUGCUGUGGAUAAUUCUUCUAAGCACAAUUGCUCUAGGAUGGACUACCCCGAUUCCCCUGAUAGAGGACUCAGAGGAAAUAGAUGAGCCCUGUUUUGAUCCAUGUUACUGUGAAGUUAAAGAAAGCCUUUUUCAUAUACAUUGUGACAGUAAAGGAUUUACAAAUAUUAGUCAGAUUACUGAGUACUGGUCAAGACCUUUUAAACUGUAUCUGCAGAGGAAUUCGAUGAGGAAAUUAUACACCAACAGUUUUCUUCAUCUGAAUAAUGCUGUGUCCAUUAACCUUGGGAACAAUGCUUUGCAGGACAUUCAAAUGGGAGCUUUCAAUGGUCUUAAGAUUUUAAAGAGGCUGUAUCUACACGAGAACAAACUAGAUGUCUUCAGAAACGACACCUUCCUUGGCCUGGAAAGUUUGGAAUAUCUGCAGGCAGAUUACAAUGUUAUUAAGCGCAUUGAGAGUGGGGCCUUUCGGAACCUAAGCAAAUUAAGGGUUCUGAUUUUAAAUGAUAAUCUCAUCCCCAUGCUUCCAACCAAUUUAUUUAAGGCUGUCUCCUUAACCCACCUGGACCUGCGUGGAAACAGGUUAAAAGUUCUUUUUUACCGAGGAAUGCUAGAUCACAUUGGCAGGAGCCUGAUGGAGCUCCAGCUAGAAGAAAAUCCAUGGAACUGUACAUGUGAGAUUGUACAACUGAAGAGUUGGCUGGAACGCAUUCCUUACACUGCCCUGGUGGGAGACAUCACCUGUGAGACACCAUUCCAUUUCCAUGGAAAGGACCUUCGAGAAAUCAGGAAGACAGAACUCUGUCCUUUGUUGUCUGACUCUGAGGUGGAGGCUAGUUUGGGGAUUCCUCACUUGUCAUCAAGCAAGGAGAAUGCAUGGCCAACUAAACCUUCCUCAAUGUUGUCCUCUGUCCAUUUUACUGCUUCUUCUGUUGAAUACAAGUCUUCAAACAAACAGCCUAAGCCCACCAAGCAGCCCCGGACACCAAGACCACCCUCUACAUCCCAGGCUUUAUACCCUGGUCCAAACCAACCUCCUAUUGCUCCUUAUCAGACCAGACCACCAAUUCCCAUUAUAUGCCCUACUGGGUGUACCUGUAAUUUGCAUAUCAAUGACCUUGGCUUGACUGUCAACUGCAAAGAGAGAGGAUUUAAUAACAUUUCUGAACUUCUUCCAAGGCCACUGAAUGCCAAGAAACUGUACCUGAGUAGCAAUCUGAUUCAGAAAAUAUACCGUUCUGAUUUCUGGAAUUUUUCUUCUUUGGAUCUCCUGCAUCUGGGGAACAAUCGUAUUUCUUAUGUCCAGGAUGGGGCCUUCAUCAACCUGCCCAACCUAAAGAGCCUCUUUCUCAAUGGCAACGAUAUAGAGAAGCUGACACCGGGCAUGUUCCGCGGGCUACAAAGUUUGCACUACUUGUACUUUGAGUUCAAUGUUAUCCGGGAAAUCCAGCCUGCAGCCUUUAGCCUCAUGCCCAACUUGAAGCUGCUGUUCCUCAACAAUAACUUGCUGAGGACCUUGCCAACAGAUGCCUUUGCAGGCACAUCCCUGGCUCGGCUCAACUUGAGGAAGAACUACUUCCUCUACCUUCCUGUGGCUGGUGUCCUGGAACACUUGAAUGCUAUUGUCCAGAUAGACCUCAAUGAGAAUCCUUGGGACUGCACUUGUGAUCUGGUCCCCUUUAAACAGUGGAUUGAAACCAUCAGCUCAGUCAGUGUGGUAGGUGAUGUGCUUUGUAGAAGCCCCGAAAACCUCACACACCGUGAUGUGCGUACUAUUGAGCUGGAAGUCCUGUGCCCAGAGAUGCUGCAUAUUGCACCAGAUGGAGCAUCCCCAGCCCAGCCUGGAGAUUCUCACUUUGUUGGGGGACCAACAAGCGAAUCACCGUAUGAGUUCUCUCCCCCUGGGGGUCCUGUGCCACUUUCUGUGUUGAUUCUUAGUCUGCUAGUUCUGUUUUUUUCAGCAGUCUUCGUUGCUGCAGGCCUCUUUGCCUACGUGCUCCGAAGGCGUCGCAAGAAGCUGCCCUUUAGGAGCAAGCGACAAGAAGGUGUGGACCUUACUGGCAUCCAGAUGCAAUGCCACCGGCUGUUUGAGGAUGGGGGAGGUGGUGGUGGUGGAAGUGGGAGUGGAGGCCGGCCCACCCUUUCCUCCCCAGAGAAGGCUCCUCCUGUGGGCCAUGUGUAUGAGUACAUCCCCCACCCAGUGACCCAGAUGUGCAACAACCCUAUCUACAAGCCUCGAGAGGAGGAGGAAGUGGCUGUUUCAGCUGUCCAGGAGACAGGGGGUGCAGAACGUGGAGGUCCUGGGGGGACACAACCUCCAGGAAUGGGUGAGGUUCUCCUAGGAAGUGAGCAGUUUGCUGAAACACCCAAGGAGAACCACAGCAACUACCGGACCUUGCUGGAAAAAGAGAAGGAAUGGGCCCUAGCAGUUUCCAGCUCCCAGCUCAACACCAUAGUGACGGUGAAUCACCAUCACCCUCACCCUCACCACUCAGCAGCUGGUGGGGUCUCAGGGGUGGUUGGGGGAACUGGGGGAGACUUGGCUGGGUUCCGCCACCAUGAGAAGAACGGCGGGGUGGUGCUCUUUCCUCCUGGGGGAGGCUGUGGCGGUGGCAGUAUGCUGCUUGACCGUGAGAGGCCACAGCCCGCCCCCUGCACAGUGGGAUUUGUGGACUGUCUCUACGGCACAGUGCCCAAAUUAAAGGAACUACACGUCCACCCCCCUGGCAUGCAAUACCCAGACUUACAGCAGGACGCCAGGCUUAAAGAAACCCUUCUCUUCUCAGCCGGAAAGGGCUUCACAGACCACCAAACCCAAAAAAGUGAUUACCUCGAGUUAAGGGCCAAACUUCAAACCAAGCCAGAUUACCUCGAAGUCCUGGAGAAAACAACCUACAGGUUCUAACAGAAAGAAGAAAAUAAAUUAGUGCUUUUUUUUUUUUUC